UGCAAUACAUUCAGUCCUACGCUUGCCUCCGGAGUCUGAGGAAGUAGUGUAGUGAAAAACGUCGAACCCAUUCAGAAGUCCAACAGAUUUGGAAAGUAAACAACGUUCAAGUAAACAAGUAAACAAACAUUCAUAGAAGCCACUCGGUUACAAUCGUGAGACGCGGAUGACACCGCGGUGCCUAAGAGUGUCGAGGCAGAAGAUCUACAUCCAGCUGUCAAGAUGAGAAGAAACCUUGUAACAGAUCUCAUCUUCUUGAUCGUUCUUGUAGUGGCACAGGCAGAACUUCACACACCUCCGGGUAAGCCAACGAUCACCAGCUGCCGGUCGCCUGAGAAGGAGACCUUCUCGUGUUGGUGGGAGCCAGGUGACACAGGUGGUCUGCCCACCACCUACCGCCUCUUCUACCGCAAAGAGAACUCUGACGAGGUGUUUGAAUGUCGAGACUACCACACUGCGGGGAUAAACUCUUGCUUCUUCAGCAAGAAUGAGACCACCAUCUGGGUGAACUACAACAUCUCCGUGGUGGCUACCAAUAGGCUGGGACGCAGCUACUCUGACCCUCUCGUGGUCGACGUGGUCUAUAUCGUUCAGCCGUACACUCCAGAGAAUGUGACCGUGUCGGUGGAGGAAGACAGCCGGGACCCUUAUCUGCGCAUCUCGUGGGAGAAGCCACGCAACGCCGACACUCGCUCCGGGUGGAUCACCCUCAUCUACCAGCUGCGCAUCAAGCUCAAGAACACGGACCAGUGGGAGGAAUACGACCCCGGUCAACAGAAGGUCUUCAACGUGUUCAGUCCCCACUCAGGAGGGACCUACCUGGUGCAGGUCCGCUGCAAACCAGACCACGGCCUCUGGAGUGAAUGGAGUCCUGCCGCAUAUGCCGAAGUACCAGACUAUCUCCAAAGGCAGCGGUCAGUAUGGAUCGUGAUUGGCAUUUUCGCCGUGUUGGUCUUCAUCCUCCUCGUAUGGACAUUAAACCUAAAGAGAAGCCGUUUGAUCGACUGUCUGCUACCCCCUGUGCCGGGACCGAAAAUCAAAGGUUUUGAUAAAACAAUCCUCAAGAGUGGCAAGUCGGAGGACAUGUACAACGCCCUGGUGCUGCCCGGCUUCCCUCCCCCGUCCUCCUCCUCCGAUUACGAGGACCUGCUGGUGGAGUACCUGGAGGUGUACGACCAGGAGGACCAGGAGCUGAUGCUGGACGACGGAUGCAAGGACCUGGAGCAGGGCGGAGGCUGCCUGAAGCACAAGACCUCCUCCGACAACGACUCGGGCCGGGGCAGCUGCGACAGCCACACGCUGCUCCUGGAGAAGUGUGGUGGUAGUGGCGGUGGUGGCGGGGGCCGUGGGUUGGACAGCAAGGAGAGGGAUGAGGAGGAGGAGCCGUCAUCCCUGGAGUCGUCCCAGGCAGAGGAGGCAGAGGCGAUGACCGGAACCGGAACCGAUAUCGUAAUCAGAAUCGGAAAUACGACCGGAACCGGAGAGACACCAUCCAGCACAGCUGAGUCUGAGGAGGACGGGCAGCCCAGCGGUUGGCCAAUGCUGACGACGACAACGUCACCUGCUCACCACCACCACCACCACCACCACAAGUCUCCGCCGACUUCUCCACAACUAGACUACACCUCCCCGCCCAUGCCCAUUGACUCCAAGCACCACCACCACAAGGUGCUCACCACCGUCAAUAGCCUAGAUGGCAAAACGGGUGGAGUGGUGGUGGGUGGCACCCCCCCUGGUAGACCCAUGGAGUACGUGGAGGUGCAGAAGGUCCACCAGCAGAACGUGCUGCUCCUCCGGCCCCUGGAGGAGCAGCAGAGCACCUCCUCCUCCUCCUCCGCCUAUAUCACCACCAGCAACGAGGAGGUGCCAGAGGAGGACUACAGCAAGGUCAAGGCUGUGACCUCUGACAACAUGCUGCUGCUGCUGCAGGAGGAGGCGCCAUCGCCCCCAUCACCCCCAUCGCCCCCAUCGCCCCCAUCGCCAACGUGCCUUAUUGACUACCAGCAUGGGAAAGACUUGGAGGAGCCACAGCAGCAGCUGCAGCAGGCUGGGGUUUUUCACAGCCCCACUGCCAACGCACACCCUGCUGGCAUGCAGCUGACUUCUAAUGGCUACGUGGACACGUCCAUGGUGCCCACUUAUUGAGAAACCUUAACUGAAACGCACAAAAAGACAUUUUGAAAUGCAUAGACUCUGAGGCAUAGACUCUGAUGCACACACAUAAACACAUAGACACACUGACUGACACACACACACACACACACACACACACACACACACACACACACACACACACACACACACACACACACACACACACACACACACACACACACACACACACACACACACACACACACACACACACACAGUAAAAACUUUCCUAAGGAAAACAGAAACAGAGAAAAGUGACAUGAGAAGUUAUCGUCAUGCUUUUCUGUUUUCUCACCGACUCCCACUGUAUAAAAUUGUAUUUUGUUGAAAAAUCGUUUUGUUGAUGAAAUCUGUGCAGAGGCAUUGUGAUUAUGUUUGAGUGUGAAUGGGAGGGUAUGAGGUUUCACUGUUUUUCUGUGAAAUAGCCCGGAAAGUGCUAGGAUCUAUACAACACUGGAAAUUGGGUGUCUCUAUUGUUGCUGUCAUGUUUCGUGAACUUGAAGACAUUGGUCGAUAGUGGUGAUAUUUAAUACUUGAUGGCUCGUUGGUAAUUGUUUGUCUUACUGUAUCUGGUGUGUUCGUGCACAGUUUUUAAUUUCAUUUAAAUUCUGUACUGACCAGCAUCCACACCAGCAUCCCGCUGAUAAGCUUGAACCCCCACCAAAUACACACCCACGACACGACGGUCAGGUGGAGCCCACCUGAACGAACCAAAGACUUGUUGCUAUCGAGGUCAAAAUGCUGCUUGUAGAAUAAGAUGUGACAGAAGACUGUACUUUUAAAUAUGAAUUUAAUUCUAAUAUAAUUAUUAAGAUUCUUGUGAAAAGUCAUAUUCGUCUACAAAUCUAUGAUUAUUAAUAAAUCUGUUACAGUUGGAUACUUUA